CACUUAACAGACUAGACUUGGCCCAUAGUCCAUGUAGUCGCGCUAUAUUAUAAAUUCUAGUUCCGCAAAUAAACGCAGAGCUCCGUUUCGUAUCAAUUUUCAGUGACAUCCAGUCAGAUAUUGUUGUAAAUGGCAUCGAUUUCUCCUUCUUCAAGCAAUUCAACUUCCACGCCAUAUGUUACUGAUUUGACAAAGGAACUGAGGCUCCACGAAGUCGCCUUAGCCGAGCUUAACAACCACCCUUCUUCCAGAGCUGUGUAUCGGAAGAAUGGGAACUUAUUUUUUCGCACAACCAUCCAAACAGCAACAGCAAUGGAACAGAGACUAAAGAGGAGCAGGAAAAAAAAAACACUUUGAUGAGGAAAUCCAGUGUAGUAACACCAUAGUAAGCAGCAAACUGAUAGGCAAAGGUAAGAGAAUUAUAUGGCCCUGGUAUUUCUCAUCCAUUGUUUACGUUAAUUAUGCCAAAUGAUGGUCACUUUUAAAUUUGAAGUGAUAAAGGUAAGUGAUUGAUGUGAUUUGGGUUUUUACUCAUCUGGUUGAAGCAAAAUAAAUGUAAGU